AUGAACCCCCUCCUUUUAAUAUGUUCCUUGUACCUUUUUGGAUCAAAUAUAGAAACAGACUUUGUCUGUUCUUGUUCUACUACACCGAAGAAUGAGGGGUUGGGAAGUCUGGUGAUGUCCAAAUUGAAGGACUUGUUUGGAACGAAACAACAAGAAAGGGAAAGGAAUAUCAUAACAUAUAAGUUUGUAAAGCACACAUGUGAUGAAAAAAACCAAGGGAAAAAUGAAAAAAACGAAAAUAAAAUCGGGUUUGAAGUAUCCCAUGUGAAUAGACUAAUCUACAUUAACGAAUUGAAAACAUUCAUCCUGGGUGCAUAUAUACCGUACAUAUAUAUGAGUGUGCGAGAUAUAUAUAUAGUUUUAAAAAAAAUAAAGGAGUUAAAUUUUAAUACCGUAUAUACCUUUUUAUUUUGGCCUGAGAAUGAAUAUUUAGAAGAUCUUUAUGAUACCACGAAAUCGAAGCUUUUCUACUUGCUAAACUUCUGUGCGUCUAAUGGGCUUUUUGUCAUCCUAGACAUUGGACCAUACAUAGAUAAUAUUUAUAAUUCGAAUAUCCCUACUUAUAUUUUGUUCAGCAGAAAGUUGAAUGACUACAUAAGGGGUGUGUAUAUAGAGAAGGAAAGAAAAGGAAGGAAAUUUACAAAAAAAGUUGGAGACUACUUAUCCUUCAAUGUGUUUGGAAAGGAGAAAAGCUUUAUCAUAAAUGAAGACCCAGAAAAUGUAAAAUGGGAACAAAUAGAAAAUGAAAUAAGUAGGAAGAAAGCCUCUUACAUGAAGGGAGAUCAUACAUAUAAUAAUAUUUACAGCCUGUAUUAUUUUAAGAGAGCUAUAAAAUGGUUUAACUACAUCCUCCCUCGUUUAAAAAAAUAUGCAAACAUAAAUAAUGGACCAAUCAUCUACCUGAAUAUUGAUAAAACGUUCGAUAAUUAUUACAUGUACAUAAUAAUAGACUUGAAGCGCAGGAAUUAUUUCCGAAAUAUAUGCAACGUGGAGACCUAUUUUAAGGGUACCAAAUCGGAGGGAUCAUCCUUCCUGCAAUGUGUUAUUAACUUCUUCAAGCGAGUUAGAAGGAGCUACAUACUUACUCUAGGGUAUGUUUUGUAUACCCGGUUUAACCACUAUAUGAGAAUAUUAAAGGAGUACGAACUAGGGUUGAUGUACAUUAAUGAAAUUUACAAGUUGGUACAAUUGCAUUUCGGAAAAAUUAACACACUGACGACGAACUACCCUUUUAUUAAGGACGAGCUUAUUAACUCCUAUGCGGGGAACAGUUGUUACAACCAUUUUUUUCAUAACAACUGGUUUGACAAUGAGUGCAUAAAGUUAAACAAGCCUUGCAUCUGGUCACAAGUUUGGACUGGUGCCAAGUACAGCAUACAUAAUGUGAACUCGCCCAGCAUUUUGAGACGACACUUCCAGGAGCCCAUCGUGUAUGAUUCUUCUCCGUCGAUGCUUUCCCCGGUGAGCGAACUCAUAGCGCGCGAAAGCAGGAGCUUUAAACUGGACGAGGGGAAACCCCCCGUGGGGAACGAAGCGAAAGUCGAAACGGUAGACGAGGCAUGUGACGAGACAGGCGACGAGGCAGGUGACGAGGCAGGUGACGAAAUGGGACCUUCCGCAGACGAAACGGAAGAUGCCGACCAUGGGGAAAUCCACGUGGGCGUGAAAAAGGCCCAGAGUAAAUACAGCAGCAACAGCUACAUUGGCCACAUAAGAAAUUUUAAAGAUCUCACAUACAAUAUAUUAGUGUUCCUGGCGAAGGGAGGAGUGUUCCUGAACAUUUUCCCCUUCUACAGUGGUAAUAAUAUAAACAACACGCACACUUACUUGGAGCAUUACAGCAAAGAGACAGGGCAGCCGCUUGACCUGUACUUUAACCAGAAGGAACCUCUAUACUCACACAUUAAGAAGAUAUUCAAAUUUCUGUACAAGUAUGGGCAUCACUUACUAAAAAGUGAGCACUACAUACGGCCAGUAAAAAUCUCGACGAACAUUGAAAUGUACGACUAUGGCGUUAUUAAGAUUAUUUGCAAUCACAAUAUUAAGGGAAGCACCUAUGUAAAGGUUGGGCCUCUGAAUUACAACAUCAACAGCUUUAGCUGUAUUGUGUAUAAUGAAUAUAAGAAGAAAAUUAUUUAUGAUUCUUCGUUCAAUUACAGUUACGAAGUUUCGUUUAUUAACAGAAAGGAGGUGUACCCCCCAAUUGAUAAGUAUAUGUACUCCCUGGACGCAGCGACGUCGGGCCCCUUGAUGUGCAUGAGGGAGGACAAAAAGGAGGGAAUAAAAAGUGGCACUAGAGGAGGGUUGCUUCCGAAAAGCGUUGCAAAACAUAUGAAAAUUUUUUCGAACUUGUUCCCAAACAAUUAUGUACACCAUGUACACGAAAUUAAUGUACUUAAGCACUUUUAUAUGACCCUUGAUUUUACAAAAUUUCAGUGGUACAUAAUUGUGAUGAGAGAUAACGUCAACUAUGUGAAAUUGUUCCUCAGUAAUUACAGCUUUUACGUGUACGUGUAUGCAGACGAUAAGUUUCUUUACGGAGGGUUCAACGAGUACAAGUACAUAGAACUACUGAACGUGAAGAAGGUAUACAUCAUUUGCGCAAAUCUGGGUCUUGGCUUCCCAAAAGAGAGCAUCAGAACGGACUUUCUCAACCACAUAAAUGUGAAUGAUUUAAAGAAGGAUUAUUUUUUUUUUCAAGAUGCAGCUAGCCAAAAUGAAAUAAAAAAAAGAAAAAAAAAUAUGAAUGAAAGCUCAAAUGUGGACGAACAAAAUGGCUACCUAGCCCUGAACACACACACACAAUCUGGGGAAAAAAAAAAAAAAAAAAAAAAAAAUAUGAACGGGUCAGGCGAUAACUCACCAAUGAAUAACCACCGAAAGGGGAACAAGAGUUGUAUGCAGAGCGAUGUGCAAGAAGAAUCAGACGACGGUGAAGCUACAACCACUACUUGCAAUAAGCGAGGUACUAUCUUUGACGACUUGGAGCACAGAACAAUCGAUGUGCAUAGCAAAGAAAAUGAUUCCAGCAACAUGCACAAUGAGAACGAACGUAGUAUGCACAAUUACUACUCGGGAGAAAGUAUCGAUACGUUCAUAUUCAUCGUCACGAGGAAUGAAUACGAUUUGUAUAGCUGUGUUGGUCUGCAUGGGGAAAUAAUAAAAAAUGAGAAAAACGUAGAAGUAUACAAAAAAAUGUACAACAUGGUUGAUUACCCGUACAUAAAACCGUAUUUGUUGAACAAGGGGAAAGACAAAAACCCGAAGGAAGGGGAAACAUCAAAAAGCGGAAGUGAACAUGUGGAACACGAAAAUAUGAACUUUGAAACAUUGCUGGAUAGUAAGAAAACGGAAAUGAAAAGUAUAACAAAUUCGUUUAUAAAAAUGUGUUCCUCUCGAUUUUUCUCUUUUUUUUUUAACAAAAUUAAAUAUUAUUGCAAAAUGGGGAUUUUUAAAUAUUUAAACAAAUUCAGCAAGGUGAAUGUGAAGAGCAUUAAUUCGCCUCUAACGUGGUACACUUUGUUGUAUUUUGUAAAAAAUGUGGACUACAUAAGAUCCAAAUACUCUCUAAGGCUAUCUGCUUACGAUGAAAAACUGAAAGAAAUUGACGGGCUGAGUCGCGGGUUUGUCUACAUUAACAACCACAUGUUGGGAAGCUUCUGGAUAACAGACGAUAAGGAAAGUUACGAAAGUGAAAUAAAUGAAGAGAAAAAAUUAAAAAAAAGAAAGAAAAUGAAAAAGGAAAAAAAAAACAAAUUUGCCACGAACGAAAAUUUAAUUAGUAUCCCACUAACACGGUACAUGCGCAUACCAACCGAUUGGCUCAUCGAAGGAAUAAACGUAGUAAUUGUUUUUGAUGAAUUUGGAGGCAACCCCUACAAAGUCGAAAUUGUUCGUGAAGUGCUACAAGGGGGGGUAUACCGGUUAACGAAGAAGGAGAAGUAUGUAAACUGGGUUUUGUUCCUCUUCAUUUUGAGCAUUAUUGUCUUCAUUACGUAUUUCUGCUUCAAGGCUCUGCACAACUAUUUUAAAAUUAAAGAGGAGAAGGAAAGGAACAAGCAAAAUUAUCAAAAUAUUAUAGAAAAUAUCAUUACGCAUAAUAUUUAUGUGAACAGCUCGUAUGAUGAUGCCACGGAGGAAACAGCGUCUGAGGACAUUCAGAAUGUCAGCGAGUUUUUGGACUCCUGA